ACAUCUGGCAUUUUGGUGUGCCCACCACUUUUUACGCAUGCACCGCUGUUACGUAUACUUGGUUAUAUAUAGGUACCUGCAUGAAAUGGUCGUCGCAUUGGUUGCAGUUCUCUAUAUACCGUGGUUGCAAUGAUCAAUUAAUUUAUUAAAUAACAAAAAAAUCUUAUGAAAGUAACUGUGAAAGCAUGGCACGGCGUUGCCACAUGGAAGUGGAUCGCCAACGACGAUAGCUGUGGAAUCUGUCGUAUGCCCUUUGAAGCAACCUGCUCAAACUGCAAAAUACCAGGAGACGACUGUCCACUAGUUUGGGGUCAGUGUUCACACUGCUUUCAUAUGCACUGCAUCAUCAAGUGGCUAGAGUCACAGCAGGUGCACCAGCACUGCCCUAUGUGUAGGCAGGACUGGAAGUUCAAGGAGUAGACUGCUCAUUCAUCAGCUAUCAACCGGAGGAGGCCAUGUCGUCGCUGAACGAGCUGCCGCCGCUGCCGCCCUCGCUGAGCGCCCUGCUGGCCGGCCCGCCGCCGUUGCCCGGCCACGCCGAGGACGAGCCCACCUACAGUAACGUGCCGCCGGCGCGACCCCAGCCCGCGCCGCCGGCGCCGGCCUGCCACCGGCCGGACGCAGGUGGCAGCACCGGCCGGCGGGCGGCUCCGGCGGCUCCGCUGCCCGGCUCCGGCUCCGGCUCCGGCUCGGGCCGGCGCUCAGCGCAGCUGGAGCAGCAGCUGCAGCGGCUGCGCCAGCAGAUGUCCGAGCUGCGCCAGAUGGACCUGUCGCUGCUGCACCAGCUCUGGUCGCUCAACGACGCCAUCCAGGAGCUGAAGCAGGCGGUGCGCUCGCCCAGCUGGGACAACGGCUACGACGGCUCGGCAGACGAGGAGGACGGCUCGCGGAGGGAGUUCGGCGCCCUCUCCUCGGUGGCCGAGCGGCUGUCCUCCAGCAGCUCCAGUCUCGAGUACGGCAACAUCUGAUGAACGGUGGCAGCUCAUGGCACUGCCACGUCAUUGGUGAAAUGCUCGUUGAACGAUCCGGUCCAGUGUGGUGCGGUCGGUGGCGGCCUGUGGAAGUGAGGUGCGAUGCUGGGUGGUGCUAUCGUGUCCGUCUGAUCGCCUCAGCGUGCAAUGGGCAAUAUCCCGAUCCAGACUACGUGGAGUGACAUUCCCCGCGGAACGCUAACUCGCUGUCAAUGCUAUGCUUGAAGCGUAACAAUGCGUGUAGGUUGGGUCUAGCUGCAGCCAGUGCAGGGCGGCGCAGCCGCAGCUCAGUAUGCUCCCCACAGAGCGCGGCGUUCCCUACCGUUAGGGUUUUGUCGUUCGAAUGCAGCAUUCGUUUUGUGAUGACGAGACAUUCCGCUAUGUCCGUGUCCUUAUCGAGGGGAAUGGGUGGAAAUGCUAUGUGGGUCAUGUCCUGGGUCGGCCAUUCACCGCAGUGAGCACUGUUCAUCCCGCAGAAUCGCUGACUUUUCCGUGCUAUAAUAAAGCGAUAGCAUUCAUUACCACU